AUGGCAAACAAAAAAGCUCUUGAGGCUUUGGAUAGGACUCUGCAAGAUCUGAGGGGUCAAGAAGCAACAAUGGGAGGAGCACUCCUUGCUACUAGCUGGGAGACUUUCGUCAAACUCUUCCUGUUAUUCCAAGAGGAACUCCAGCAGAUGAACUUAAUGCGUGUCUCAAAUCCAGGGUUAAUGACACUUGCAGUUAGUUAUAUCUAUGAAUCUGUAUUAAUUCAAUACACAAUUCCUCCAGGUGAACGCAGAAAAAGACUUUUAGGUGUCAGAGAACAGAUGCUGAGCCAGCCUCCUAAGACAAGGAUACACUUUGAGAUGGCCUCCUAUACAGAAAUGCUACUGCUUGAACAACUAGUGGACUUGGUCAUACCUCAUUCUGAUUCCUUGGGUAUGAAUGAACAGGAACUAGCCAACCUUGUGAGUCUGUAUCAGUUUGGCAAUGUCAGUUUUGUCUCAGACUCCAAUCCUCGUGUGGCGACAGUACUUGACCAGAUGCGACAUUUGCUAAGAUUGAUUGAAACAUCCAGCAAGGAGAAACCGGGUAGCCGGAAACUGACACGCAUCCAUGUGCAUACUCUGGCCUACCAAGCCAUUCUCACAGUGGACACAACUCUGUGGCCUCACUCGGACAUAGCAGCAGCCAAGGCCUCCUUGACUGCAUACAGACAUGUCUGUGCCUCUCCUCAGGUUGAUCCGGACAAAGCAAAGCUGAUCAUGGACGACAGUUUCAGCGUAAGUCUGGGCUCCAGUGGGCGAGUGGUGAUUGAGCCUCAGCGUCCAGUCUCCUGCUGGAGAGAGGGGUCCCUGCACCUUUGUGUGGCCCCGGUCCUGGUGUGCAAGGUAUCGGUACAGACAGCUGGUGGUGGAGACAACAUCUCCGCCGCUGCCUUGGCUAUGCAACUCUGACCUCAGCUUCUGUCUACAUCACGGUGAAAUGUUACUUGACUUACUGAACUUACAAAAUAAUCCAGUUGUUAUUUUAACAUUCCUGCUUUGUAUAUUGAUGUAAUACUUAAAAGUCUAUGGUAAAAUCUUACCCAUAAGUAUCUAUUAUAAAAUUCUAAGUUAUUGUUGUGUUGAGUGAAGGCAAUUUUGGAAUAUGAUCAAUAAAUAUAAAUUUAGAAUGAAUAAUCAAAAUAGACCAUGAUUAUUGAUAAGCAGAAAAUGUCAUACUUCAUUUUACAUUUUUUUCCACUUUAUUACUAUAAACAUCUCCAGCGGUUUAUGUAAUCCCUGGGACUAAUGAAUUUUAAGUAUUUAAUUUUAAAUUCGAGCGAUGUUUUUUCCAGUAAAAUUGAUCCAACUCGGGUAAACAAGUUGUAGGAAAAAGUCUCAUUUCAUUAAAAAAAAACAAAAAUUAAAUUAGGGUUAUAAUAAGAAAUAGGAAUCUGGCUUGCAGAAAUAGAGAAAGACUGGAU